GUGGGGGCCAACGCAGUCUCGUGGCAGCUCACGACGCUUUGGGCGGACCCGACGUCGCGCAAGCUCGGGAUCGACUGGAUCACGCGGGCUCGCAUGCACAACACGGACGCGAUGCUGCUGCAAUAUGGCUUUCCGUCCAACGACGUCACGAUCCUCGACUUUGAUAUGAAGGAGCUCGAGAACGAGACGUUCGAGUACGUGUGGCGCGAUCAGCUCGUGAUCGACCACCCGCACGAUCUUGUUCUGGAUGUGAUGCGGUACCGACUCGACCAGACGAUGCAGGGCACGCAGUGGCGCAGCCCUGACUCGAUUGCACUGGAAAAAGACAUCGUACAGGAAAUUGGCCACACGCGGUACCAGCGGACGCUGCGCGGGUCACUGGAGCGGCCAGUCGAGUACAUGAACUUUAUCUGGCGCGAGUUUCACUUGCCAGAACGCACGAUCAUUGUGGGCCAAAACAUUACAGACGACGUCACGCUCGGUGCGAGUCCGCAGUCGCGCUACAUGAUGUUCUGGUACGUGCUGGACCGUGUCAACGACUUCCAGACCAAGCUCCGUGUGCUUGCGGUCUCGUCGCACUACUUUAACGCGCGCGGGUAUGUCUCGCGUGACGACGAAUUUGCGCUGAUCGGGUACAAGCCGACGGGCGCCGUCGAAAACACGGAGCUCGCGCGUUUCAAGUACCACGUCUCGCGCAUGUACACGCGCACGUCGGGCAUGUUUGAGCGCGACCUCGAUAGUUACAUCGCGACCACGCUCGCAUGACAACAUUGUCGCCUACUAGUAUAUUUUUGUAGCGUUUUCUAUAAUUUUUGGUAACGUUAUUUGCGCC